UCCAGAAAUACCACCUAUAUGGGGGCAGGGAACGUUAGAAUUAACUGGGAGGAAGUGUGCAGUCCCAUUUACUGCUGUACUGUGUUGCGAAACUGGUGGUACAGGUAACUAGUGGUUAACCAGCAAUGAGGAAGUGCAGGGUAAUCCAUGGACUGCUGCCCGAAGCAGCAACAGACCUUAGUGAUCUCAGUCCCUGUCAGAACCUCAGGCAGACCCAGGGACGCGUGCGAGCUCCAUUCCUGGCCUUUCAACAGUGAGGGAGCGUGGACAGAGUACACCCCCACGAUCAGGUAACGUGAAGCAUCUCAAUCCACCGAAAGAAAUACUCGAUUUUAGAACAAAAUAUCGGUGUGCGGGACAUGAACUCGGACGAGGAAGGCGAGCUAUGCCCUGCUGGCCCCCUCACCAGCUGCGGCACCCUGCUCUUCGUCUGCGUGCUGCCCACCCAGUGCCCGGCCAGCGGGCAGCCCGAGGUGAUCCAGCUGGAAUUGCCGGCUCUCGGCACGGUGCGUUCCCUCCGCCUGUUGGCCUGGGCGAAAGCGGCCAGCGAGAGCGCCAGACCCGGCUCCUACCAGCCCUGCGGCCCCGAUUCCUUCCAGCUGCUGUACAGGAAGGGCCCCGCCUGGUACGAGAUGCUGGACGACGAGGAGAUCCUGCUGGCGCUCGGCGCGGUCAGGUACUGGCAGAGCCUGGGGCACCAGAGGGGCCAUAUCUACCUGCGGCCUAACUCUAGGGACACCGAGGCGGGCCGGCUUCUCUGGGACACCGUGGCCAGCCUGAUAGGCCGCGAUGUCAGGGCUCUGGUGAACGGGCAGCGGCAGGGCGAGCUGAACACAGCCCGGAGGAGGUUCGCCGCGGUCCGGAGAGCAAACCUCGGGCGCCGCCACUCCGCCGAGCCCCGCCUGAACUCCAGCCCCCUUCCUGCCGCACUGCAGGCGGUGGCCACCCAGGAGAUCGGGGUGACGAUCUACCGGGGCGGCAGCAGCCAAAGGCUGAAGGUGUGCGGCCGCCACACGCCCGAGCUGGUCAUCCGCGCCUACGGCCGGCAGACUGGGGAGGAGCUCGGCGAGGAGCUGGCGCUCAGGGUGUGCGGCCGGGAGGAGUACCUGAUCGGCAACUGGUCUCUGGUGGACUUCUGCUGGGUCCGGCGCUGCCUCAAGAUGCGGGAGGAGCUGCGCCUGGCGCUGGUGAGCGCCCCAGGCCCGGAGCCGGACCAGGAGCAAGAGGUCGCCCGGGACUGGCCACUGGUAGAGGAGGACUCGGGGCCGAGCCUGGGCGAGGGCGAGGAGGCGCGGGCGGCCGCUCUCCCCCUCUCUGACUGCCGCCAUCCUUUCCGAGUCAAACUGCUGGGGUUGGACGCUCCCGGGACCCCCGGCAAGAGACCGGUGCGGGUGUACGUGGUGGGGGCGGUCAUGCACGGCAGCCUCACCCUGUGCAGCGCCCGCUCCAUCGCCCGGCCGCUGGCCGAAGAGGUGCUCUGGAACGCCUGGCUUCGCUUCGACAUCCAGGUGCGGGACCUGCCGCGGGGCUCCCGGCUCGGCCUGCGAGUUUACGCACUGGAGAACUCCCCGCCGUCCGACGCCGGCGAUGGGAACGGGGAGGCCGGGCUCCUGCUCUACCACGCCAGCCUCCUGCUCAUCGACCACCACCGGCGCCUGCAGCAGGGCCAGAGGGUGCUGCACCUGUGGCCCGGCUCCGGGCACGGCGCGGGGCUUCUCUCUUCCGCCACCAACCCCGAUCUGCAGGGCUCGGCCGCCCUCUGCCUGCUUCUCGACAGCUACGACCGCUCGGUCGUGUUGUCCAGCGAGGAGGAGGAGGAGGGGGAAAUGGAGGAGGCGGCGGCCAGGCAGAGGGCCGCCUUCCGCCGCUUCACCCAGGAAUGCGGCCGCUACAGCCGCUCGCUGCCCGCCUUCCUGGCCACGGUGCGCUGGGCCGAGCAGCGGGCGGUGCGGGAUUUGCACCGGUUGAUCCGCCACUGGGACCCCGGAGAGCUGGAGCUGCCGGUGGCGCUGGAGCUGCUGGGCGAGCGCGUCGCGGACGAGAGGGUGCGGGAGCUGGCGGUGCGGCGCCUGGAGCAGCUGGCCGGCGGCACGGUACUCAGGCUCCUGCUGCAGCUGGUGCAGGCCCUGAAGUUCGAACCGUACCACGACAGCAGUCUGGCCAGGUUCCUUAUCGGCUGGGCUCUGAGGAGCAAGAGAAUCGGCCACUUCUUUUUCUGGUACUGCCGCGGCGAGGUGGCGGCCUCCCCGCACUUCGCGGACCGCUACGCGGUGAUCCUCGAGGCGUACCUGCUGGGCUGCAGCGGCCCGACGCUCCGGGACCUCGAGCACCAGGUCCGGCUGGUGACGGCCCUCGGCCAGGUGGCCGGCCAGGUCAAGGCGGCCAUCGCCCAGAGGAGCGACAUUCCGCAAACCGCUGCCCCUCUGCUACAGGAGCUGCUGAGAACGGCCGAGCUACCCCAGGACUUCGUGACGCCCUACGACCCACACAUCAGAGCCGGUCACAUCCUGGUCGACCGCUGUAGGGUUUUGGCGUCCAAGCAGAAGCCGCUGUGGUUGGAGUUCAGCCGAGCCGAUCCCGAGACCCCGGCACAGACACCCGUCGUCAUCAUCUUCAAACACGGUGACGACCUGCGGCAGGACAUGCUCAUCCUCCAGACGCUGGUGAUAAUGGAUUCCAUCUGGCAGGAGAAUGCACUGGAUCUGAACCUCAUUCCCUACGGCUGCAUCGCCACAGGAUACAACAUGGGGAUGAUCGAGGCUGUGAGAGAUGCAGCCACCAUCGCAGCCGUACAGAGGAUGAAGGGCGGCAACAGCGGAGCAUUCAAAAACGAUGCACUGCACGACUGGCUGAAGGACAAGCUGCCGGUGGAGGAAGAUUACCACCGUGCAAUGGAGACCUUUGUCACCUCCUGUGCUGGCUACUGUGUGGCUACUUACGUCCUGGGCAUCGGUGACCGACACAACGACAACAUUAUGAUCACGGAGAAAGGGAAUUUAUUCCACAUUGACUUUGGUCACAUCCUGGGCAACAGGAAGCAGAUUCUGGGGGUAAACCGGGAGCGGGUACCUUUCGUCCUGACUCCGGACUUCCUCUACGUGAUGGGACGGGUGAACAGGAGACCGAGUCUGUACUUCCAGAGGUUCAAGGAAACCUGUCUCCAGGCCUACAUGAGUCUGUGGACCCACUCCCAGCUCCUGAUCAACCUCUUCUCCCUGAUGCUCCUGACAGGGAUUCCGGAGCUGAGCUGCACACGGGACAUCGGCUACCUGCGGGAAGCACUGGCGGUGGGGAGCGGGGAGCAGGAGGCACGGCAGCACUUUCUCAACCAGAUCAGUAUCUGUGAGAACCUGGGCUGGACCGUGCAGGCCAACUGGUGGAUCCACAUGUUCAUGGGGAUCAAACAGGCGUGAGGAAUCGCAGGACGGGUCACAGGUCACGGCACAGGCGACACAUCGCAGGACAGGUCACAGGUCACGGCACAGGCGACACAUCGCAGGACAGGUCACAGGUCACGGGACAGGUCACAGGUCACGGGACGGGUCACGGGUCACAGGACGGAUGAUGCAUCACCCUUUCCAUUACUGACCCCUCAGUGAGGACUGGUGUGUCUUCCCCCAAAAAAUAGACUCUCCCCUUUUUGAAGUCCACCAUCAAUUCCUUGUUCAUCUGCAAAGAGUGAAAUUUCCUGGUGGCCAACCAUAUUGUAUCAGAUCCCCAUUCCAACAUGUCAGUCCAUAACUUUCUCUCCUACCACAACAAGGCCACUCUCAUGUUCCAUCUGGGUAACCAGUGACCUGAUGGCAUGAACAUUGACCUCUCCAACUUCAAGUAAUUUCUUUUUUCUCCUCCACCUUCCCUCUUCCUCUAUUCCCUACUCUGGCCUCCUACCUAUUCCCCUCCCCUGCCCUUCGCCUCUCCCUGGUGACCCUUCUCCCGUGGGCCACUUUGCUUUCCUAUUAGAUUCUUUCCUCUCUAGCCCUUUGCCUUUCUCUCUAAUCCCCCUUCAUCCCCCCCGACCCACCCAACUAGCUUCACCUGUUAGCUUCUAGUUUGUCCUCCUUCCCCACCCCUGCAUUAUUCCGACAUCUCCCCCUUCCUUUCCAGUCCUGAAGAAGGGUCUCGGCCUGGAACGUCAUCUGUUUAUUCCUCUCCUUAGAUGCUGCCUGACCUGACAAGUUCCCCAGCAUUUUGUGCCUGUUUUACUCUGUAAUAAUCUUGUUUUUGAAAUAUUAUAUAACUAUAAGUAUCACUAUGAGCGGAGCGAUGGAGGUCAUAUACUGAGUUUUGACCCAGAAGAGUCUCAUUCAACUGCAGAAGAGAAAUGCAGAGCCUAGAGACUCAGGAGAGACCAGCAGAGGCUGUGGAGGGGUUUCUGAGUGUUACAGACCUGGGAUCUGUUUGAGGGGGUUGGUUACCUGAGAGGAAUGAGAGCUAGCAACUCUGGGAGACAUUCACCCAGGUCACAAAUCCCAAUCUCCCCCCCCCCCCAACCCCUUUCUGGAUACUAACUGGAGCAAGCCUGUGUCUGGAUUGGGAGAGGAUUAGUCCUUUAGGUACAAGUUUAAGUUUAAUUGUCAUUCAACCGCACACAGCCAAACAAAACACCGUUUCUCUGAGGCCAAGCUGCAAAACCCAGUGCCAACAGCACACAGCACAUACAAUUACGAUACCAGGGAGUCCGGUCCCUGAGCAGCAUGGCCUGCAGAUCAAUUGAGCAGCAUUUCCACAUCACAUGCUACUGCAGCCACAGCUGAAUGCAGUCGAACUCCUCUUCCACCCAGCAACUGCUGGAGAGAAGCACCGAAAGGGGGGACCAUCCCCCAACCCACCCCCUCACACAGCGUCUCCUUCCCUGGGCGGCUGCAAUGGGCAACACCGUGGCACCAGGCCCUGGUCCGGGGAGGAGCGAAGGCCACACACCUCCCCAGCAGUCGGUCUCACCGAUGAGGAAGGAUUCCACGUUACCCACGUCCAGCAGGGUCCUGCAGUCACAUCGUUACCCCAGUAGAUCAGGCACCAUGGUGGAGGAACGGUUAGCACGGUGGAAUUACAGCUCAGAGUUCAAAUCGGGCGCCCUCUGUAAGGAUAACUGUACAUCCUCUCCGUGGAAUGCGUCGAGUUUUCUCCAGGUGCUCCAGUUCCUUCCCACAGCCCAAAGACACCCGUUAAUUGGUUACUGUAAAUUGUCCCAUGAUCGAUUAGGGUUACUUGGGUGGUGAGGCUCAAAGGGCCAAAUCCGCACUGUAUCUCAAUCGAUAUGUGACCCCUGGGAGAGGUUCCACUGCUGACGUCAUGGUCUUUCUGUAGCAGCAGUGUUUGGGUCAUGGCCAGAGAGAACGGGGGCUUUGGAACGGGAGAGUUUUUUCAUGCUGUCUGCUGCACCAGGGUGAUCUGGGUCUUUUGCUCGGCGGAAGAUGGAGAGAGGAGAUGCCAGAAAGGAGGGUCAUAGACAGCAGGACGAAGUGGACUUGGAGUGGGGCCAGGGGUCGACAAAGCCCAGGAAAAUUGAUGGAGGAGCAGCGGAAGGGAAACUGUGAGCUCCAACUUGUGCACGUUAGACUUUCAUUAAAAUGGGCACUUUUCUUUUUGUUUUAUUUUACUAACUCUAGUCAAAUUACAAAUUAUAAAGCUAAAUCGUUUAAUUGCA